AUGUCGUCUUCGCCCGACUAUUUACACCCUCUUACCCGGCCAGAUGAUGACGACUUCUCUGGCUCUGACGAUGACUUGGACCUUCAGGAGCUGGAUCCCAAUAUCGCACCAUCUCAGCCUUCGCGGGCCUCUCGAGACUACGCAGGUCGAUCACGAAAUUAUGCCCCUGGAAUUGCUCUAAGGAAUUUGCGUGUCGGAGUAGCAAGUCGAUGGGGGCGCAAUGCAUCCUCGCACGGAGAAACUGAGGAGGACACAGAAGCGCUGCUAGAUGACCGAGGCCAGGGCGGGUUACGACGGUCAAAUGCUAGCGAUCGAAAUCAAACAGAUGAUGAUGUGCCACUUCUUGAUCGCCGAGGCUCAACGCGUGAAUUCCUCGACGAUGAGCCCACCAAAAAGGGCCUCCGAUCUCUUCUGCCGACUUUUUCCCGUCCCAGUUUCUUAAAACUCGCAUCGAAUCGAUUACAGAGGAAUAAUGACGAAGAUGCAAAUAAACCUCCCCGAGAUAUCCUUGUUGGACAAUACCAAUCAAACAAAUACCCGCCCAAUGUCAUUUCGAACGCCAAAUACACCCCCUGGAGCUUCCUUCCCUGCACGCUGUACAACGAGUUCUCCUUUUUUUCAACAUUUACUUUCUACUUGUGGCACUUUCACAAAUCAUCCCGAUACUACGCAUUGGCACUCGACGAUAUUGCACGACGACGGAGAGAUGGGGAAGCGAAUGCCGAGGAGUUUACUGUUUUAUCUUUUGAAAGGUCCAAUCCCUUGGAAAUGAAGAAGAAAUCUCGUGACUUGAAAGUCGGGGAUGUGUUGAAGAUCCACAAAAACCAGCGCCUGCCGGCUGAUGUUGUGAUCCUCAAAAGUAUCUCAAACGACGCUAACGCUUCUCGUGGAAAUUCGGUGGAAGAAUCUUUACCUGUUGUAUCCGCAAACCUACUCGAAUCGGAACAAGGACCAUCUGAAUCUGGUCUUCUACACGAAGCAGAAGACCAAUCUGCCAGCGACACGUUUAUUCGGACUGAUCAGCUUGACGGUGAAACAGAUUGGAAGCUGCGUAUUCCUUCAGUUUUAUCUCAGACUCUUCCAAACAGUGACUUCACUCGACUCAAGGUCACCGCAAGUGCACCAGAUCAAAGGGUCAACGAAUUUCUGGGUACAAUCCAAUUGGGCCCUCCUACUGGUUUUUAUGAUGCCCACGUCGAUAAGGUAUCUCAAUCGACACCAGACGGAAUUCUGGAAGAUAGUGAGAGUCAGAUCUCAAACUCGGCUCCGUUAACCAUUGAGAACACAGCUUGGGCUAAUACCGUUCUUGCAUCUAACACAACCACAUACGCCGUCAUCAUCUACACUGGAUCGCAAACCCGGGCGGCUCUUUCAACAUCUCCUUCCAGAUCCAAAGUUGGUCUGUUAGAAUAUGAAAUCAAUAAUCUCACCAAAAUUCUCUGUAUCUUGACCCUCGCAUUGUCGAUUGUGUUGGUAGCCUUGGAAGGGUUCGAGCCAACAAAUGACAAAGAGUGGUAUACUUCAAUCAUGAUAUAUCUCAUUUUAUUCUCGACCAUCAUUCCUAUGAGUCUUCGAGUCAAUCUGGACAUGGCCAAGUCCGUGUAUGCCCGAUUUAUUGAGCGAGACAAGGACAUUCCAGACACUGUAGUUCGAACGAGUACGAUCCCGGAGGACUUGGGAAGAAUCGAGUACUUGUUGUCCGAUAAAACCGGAACGCUGACUCAAAAUGAGAUGGAAUUGAAAAAGAUUCAUGUUGGUACUGUCUCGUAUGCUAACGAGGCAAUGGAUGAAGUCGCGUCUUUCAUUCGCCAGGGCUUUACUGGCAGUGCCUUGACAACACCAUCGACUUUUUUCGGGACGCAAGCUGGUCAGGGUGCUGCACCACGUACCAGAAGAGAGAUCGGCUCUCGAGUUCGGGACAUCAUCCUAGCCUUAGCUCUCUGUCACAAUGUUACCCCAACCGUCGAAAACGAGACCGGAGAGAAAAUCACGACUUAUCAAGCGUCUUCUCCGGAUGAAAUCGCCAUCGUUCGUUAUACCGAAGAGGUUGGGCUGAAACUUUCGUACCGCGACCGCCAGACUGUGGUUCUCGAAUCAACAGACUCUAAACAAGUUGUUGUUCGCGUUAAGAUUCUUGACAUCUUCCCCUUUACAUCCGAUAGCAAACGCAUGGGGAUUAUUGUUCAGUUCCAGCAAGAUGGAAAUGUGCUCGAUGCUGACAGCAAGGCCGAGCCUGAGCUUUGGUUCUAUCAGAAGGGAGCUGACAGCGUUAUGUCGUCGAUCGUUGUAGCGAACGACUGGCUUGAUGAAGAAACGGCAAACAUGGCCCGCGAAGGUCUGCGAACACUGGUCGUGGGACGAAAACAUCUUUCCCUCCCGCAGUAUCAAGAAUUUUCCGUCAAGUUUAAGCAAGCUUCUCUGUCCCUCCAAGAACGAGACAUAGGCAUGGCCAAGGUUGUGAGCGAUUACCUCGAGAAGGAUCUUGAGCUGCUUGGAGUCACUGGAGUUGAAGACCGCCUCCAGCGCGAUGUUAAGUCAUCCUUGGAACUGAUGCGCAAUGCGGGAAUAAAGAUCUGGAUGUUAACUGGAGACAAAGUGGAAACAGCACGAUGUGUUGCCAUUUCGGCCAAACUAGUUUCUCGUGGCCAGUAUAUUCACACAGUAUCCAAGGUGACAGAUCCAUCUGCAGCCCAGGAAGCUUUGGACUUUCUACGGAAUAAGACUGACUGUUGUCUGCUCAUUGAUGGUGAAUCAUUAAAUUUGAUGCUAGGCCAAUUCCGCUCUGCAUUCAUCUCAGUUGCGGUACUUUUGCCUGCUGUGAUUGCAUGCCGUUGUUCUCCAACGCAGAAAGCCGAAAUUGCUCUUCUGAUUCGCCAGUAUACGAAAAAACGAGUCUGUUGCAUUGGUGACGGUGGUAACGAUGUGUCGAUGAUCCAGGCUGCUGAUGUCGGAAUCGGAAUAGUUGGAAAGGAGGGUCGUCAAGCCUCUCUAGCAGCAGAUUUCAGUAUCACCCAGUUCCACCAUCUGACCAAACUCUUGGUUUGGCACGGCCGAAACUCAUACAAAAGGUCUGCCAAGUUGGCACAAUUCAUUAUGCAUCGUGGUUUGAUUAUCAGCAUAUGUCAAACCGUGUUCAGUAUUGCUAGUCACUUCGAUCCGAAGGGUCUUUUUAUCAACUGGCUCAUGAUUGGUUACGCUUCUGUCUACACCAAUGCGCCAGUCUUCACUCUUGUACUCGAUCAAGACGUGGACGAGCGGCUUGCUAACCUUUACCCUGAACUGUACAAGGAAUUGAAAACGGGAAAAAGCCUGAGCUACCGCUCCUUCUUCGCGUGGGUUUUCAUUUCGGUUUAUCAGGGUGCGGUUAUCCAAGGCUUGUCUCAAAUAUUGCUUGACACCAUCACCGGACCGCGCCUGGUAAGUGUGUCUUUCACUGCACUUGUUCUCACCGAAUUGGGUAUGGUUGCUAUCUCAGUAACAACCUGGCACCCUGUGAUGAUCUUCGCUCUGGUCGGUACUGUCCUAGUGUACGCUGGUAGUGUUCCAUUCCUGGGCGAAUACUACGACCUCCGCUAUGUGAUCACACUUGAUUUCCUUUGGCGUGUCCUGGUCAUCUUGGCUGUUGCGCUGGUGCCCGUGUGGGCUGGCAAACUCAUCAAGCAAUCAUGGAGUCCCCCAAGUUAUCGCAAGGUCCGCGGAUAA